GAAGAAGCUGAAAAACAAAUCGGAUAUUUUUUUAAAAAAAUACGAGAAUAAUUUGGCGAGAACAGAAAAUAUAUCUGAGCUCCAUUAAAGAUUACGUUAUUUUGCUUCACAGAGCGAAAAAAGAAGGUCCAGAAUAUAUUGCCGUCAACUUCAGUAAUAAAAUGCAUCUACCACUAUUACAUUUAAGAAUUUCAAAGAGCGUCGUUGUGAAGGAUCUUUCGGCUGUUUUCGAGGCUUGUAAGGCGUCAGGAUAUUCUUGCUGUAGUUGAUAAUAAAGGUGGCGCGGUUCGAACCUGCGUCUCGAAAAGGGACUCGAUUCCAUUUUCUUUAAAAUAUCCGCGGCAAGCUGAAAGAACUUCGGGCGCUUCGCAGUCGAGGGAGAAAAGGUUAAAAAGAAAUAGCUAGAAACAGCGUGAAGGCUUCUGUAAAUUCCUUUUUAAUGUGGAUCGUCGUUUUGUGGAAGCAUUGAUAGCUUGUCGUGGAUAUUUAGGGUGAAAUCUGAAUAUUUUGUGUUGCCAGAGCUUUAUAAAGAUUCGAACGCGAGACAAAGAGGUGUGCAAGAAUGUCGAAUGGAUUAAGUUUUGAGCAAAAUAAUGAAGGGUGGGCAAUGGCUUUGUCUCGUAAGGGCUCAAACAGGCCAAGGGGUGGGGCAUCGUCCAAUGCUUAUGCUCCCGACCGUCCUGGAGUUGGGUUUUUCAAAGGGAAAGCAGGGUAUGACAAUGGUGAUGACCAGAAGCCUGCUCGUUGGGGUGAUAUCCCUAAUGGAGAGAGUGCAAAGCCUGCUCGACGAGGUGAUGGCCUUAAUGUUGCUCAGAACCACGGUUACAAGCAGCCGGGAUGGAGAGAUGCCGGGAAAACUCAGCAGAAGAAUGGAAUUCCUGCUACUACUGCUGCUACUGCCACGACUUCAUGGAGUGGUGGUGGCAGGGGACUAAGCGGCAACCUAAAUCAGGCAUGGCAGAGCCAGCCCAAACCUUUAAAUUGGGGAUCCUCUACUGCUUCUGCAAAGACAACAAAUGUGCCUCCCCCUCUUGCAAAUGGGCGGAAAUGGGGAAGCCCCAGUGGUGCCAGUUGGAGUUCUGUAGUGGCACCCGCUGUGGUAAAAGGAGAGGGGAGAAGUGGAGGGGCAAAUGAGAACGGAGAGAGUUCUGAAUUGGGUGGAAAAGUUUUGUCCCAACUUCUUCCUUUUGAAAUAUCAGGGCCACUGCCACAAUGCAAUGCUGGGGAUCAGUCCAGUGAAGGAGAAUCAGAAAUUGAACAUUUGGACAGCGAGGAGGAUUGUGUGAGCAGCGAUGGAUUUGAUUCUGAUGACGAGGAUGUAAGUCAUGAGACAAUGAAGAAGAAUAAAUGGUUCAAGGGCUUUUUCGAAACCCUUGACAGCCUGACUGUUGAACAGAUAAAUGAACCCGAAAGGCAAUGGCACUGUCCAGCCUGCAGUGGGGGUGUGGGAGCAAUUGAUUGGUACAGAGGUAUGCCGCCCAUCUUGACCCAUGCAAAGACAGUCACAUCCAAGAGAGUGAAGUUACACAGGAAACUGUUAGAAGUCUUGGAAGAAGAGUUGAGAAGGAGAGGAGCAUAUGCAAUAUCUGAGGAAAUGGUUGGCAAGUGGAAGGGUUUGCAAGAGCCCAUGAUUGAUCGAGAGAUUGUUUGGCCCCCCAUAGUCAUUGUUCAGAACACAAUCCUUGAUCAAGAUGAAAAUGAACAGUGGGUUGGGAUGGGUAAUAAAGAACUACUGGAUUAUUUUAAAGGAUACAAAGCCAUGAAGGCAAGGCAUGCAUAUGGCCCUAAGGGGCAUCGUGGAAUGAGUGUACUUAUAUUUGAGGAAACGGCAAUGGGAUACUUGGAGGCUGAACGCUUACACAGGCACUUUUUAAAGGAAGGGAGAGGGAAAGAUGAUUGGGAGCGCCGUAAGAUAUUGUUUCAUCCUGGUGGACAACGUGUACUUUAUGGUUACUAUGCAACAAAUGAGGAGAUGGAGAUUUUUAACAGACACUCUAAAGGGAAAGCAAGGUUGAGGUCUGAGAUGAAGUCGUAUCAUAAAAUGGUUGUCGAAAAAAUGAAACAAAUGGAUGAAGACAAUCAGAAGCUGAUUUACUUUAGGAGUAAAGUUUCUAAGGAACAAGAACACAGUAAAACUUUGGAAGAAACAGUCACUCUGGUCUCAUCAAAGUUGCGAAUGAGAGAAUCUGAAAUUAAAAUUGUUAGAAAGAGAGCUGUUGAGCAGCAUGAAGAAAACAAAAAAGAGAUGGAUUACCUUGAGCAGAGUUAUAGAGAACAAAUAGAUCAGUUGAAUGUAGAUAUUGCUCAAAGAGAAUGUGAACUAGAAAAGAUGCAGGAACAGUUCAAGGCUUCCCACCUACAUCGCUGUCAUCAGCUUGAAGUUGAUUGUGCAAAGCUUCCAAAGGAUAAUAAAGUUGAUGAUGACAAACAGCUGGAAGAACAAAUCAAGAUCAAUGAGGAGAUUGCAAGACAUACAACAAUUGUCGAAACCAGUGUAAGAGAUUCUGAAGAAUAUGAACGUGAGCGGCAAGAACUCAUAAAAGUCCAUGACCAAAAACGGAGGGAAAUUAAACUGAGGCUUCUGAAAGAGGAAGUAGCAUUUGAGAAGGAAUUAGAACAAGAGAGGAUCAAACUUAUGGAGAAGUAUGCAAAGAAAAGAGAAGAAGCAAAUUACAUUUCUGGCUAAUCAAUGAAUGCUUGUAGAUGGUCUCAGAGGAGGAUUAUCUGAACUUAAUGGUUUAUGCUGGAAUGCUAUUGAGUGGUUUUAUUUGCCUCAAACUACUUCUGGAGAAGUAAUCUUUUUAUAGUUAGGCAUUUUCUUUCUACCUUAAUUCUCAGGGUGAACAAGCUGAAGAAAAUUUUAAAAUAAAAAUGAGUGAAGAGAAAUAGAUUUUGAUGUUCAUAAUUCGGAAAAAGAUUUAUACAAUGGAACUUGCCUUUUUGGAAA